CGACUUCUAUACCAUUGAUGAUUGAGUAUAUAGCGUAUAAUUGCCACACAACUAUAUGUACACCUGAUAUAGGUGUUUAUUUUUAAUUAAAACAUAUGCCACUUUUUAUGCCGUUUAAUUUACGGUUGUGAGGAAAAGCGGUAGAAAAUGAAUGAAUGAAUGAAGAAUACUGUACAAUCCGUACCAAAACACUAUCACUAAGAUAUGCUAGCCAGUGGCGGUGUGUUUAUAUUGUUUUAUUUCAAACUAACCUUUUGUAUAGAGUCCGUUUAAAGAGUUAAUAUUCUUCUGCCAACGUCAAGUGGCACAUGUGGAGGAAAAAAUGUUGCCUAUGGACACACAUUUUAAUGACAGUGACCUAUGUUUGUGACGCACACACACACACAAUUCUGAGUGUGUGAUGACAGCUCGGAGCCCCGCUGUGAAGAAAAUAUCAAUCGAUCGAUAACAAGGUGUUUGGAGCAGCGAAAUCAUCGAGCGCCCCACAGAGAAAGGCGCCUCUUCCCAACAGAAAGGAAAUUACGACGUAACAUAGAAUUACCUGCUGGUGGUCAAACUGGCCCUGAUGGAGGGGACUGAACAAACAUUUCUGGAAAGAAUGGCGAUGCUGGACAACCUCACGGAAGAAACGGUGGGCAUGGCACUUGGAUCAGCUAACACUACCUCCAAUACCAGCCUGUUUGAUUCCACAAACAAUAUUACCUUAUUACCUUAUUAUCCACAUGCAUGGUAUGUGGCUACAAGCUACAUUCUAGCAUACCUCUUCAUUUUCCUGCUGUGUGUUGUGGGGAAUAUCCUUGUGUGCCUCAUCGUUCUGGGAAGCCGUCGUAUGCAAACUGUCACUAACAUCUUCAUCCUAAACCUGGCCAUCAGUGACCUUCUGGUGGGCAUCUUCUGCAUCCCUACAACACUUGUGGACAACCUUAUUACAGGUUGGCCCUUUUCCAACAUGGUGUGCAAGAUGAGCGGUUUUGUUCAGGGUGUGUCUGUGUCUGCAUCAGUCUUCACGUUGGUGGCGAUAGCUGUUGAAAGAUUUCGCUGCAUCGUGUACCCUCUGCACCCCAAAACGACGCUAUGCAUUGCUAAGGCAGCUAUUGGGUUAAUCUGGGUGCUAGCGAUGGCUAUCAUGUGUCCAGCUGCGGUUGCGUUGACCGUGGAGGAAGUUUCUUUCCACAACAUGGUCUGCAACGAUGACUUCAACCACACAAUGCCCGUAUACGUCUGCUACGAAAACUUCGGCAACCCAAAAAUGACGAAGGUUUACACAGUGGUUCUCUUUGCUCACAUCUACGUGGUCCCGUUGAUGAUCAUCGCGGUGACGUAUGGCUGCAUCGGGGUCAAACUGUGUUCACCCGGUUUUGCAAAUAGAAGGCCGCAGGGUGCCAACGUCCAGAGAGUCAUUUCACAAAAAAAGAUGCAAGCGAUAAAGAUGCUUAUUCUUGUGACCUUGCUCUUUAUGUUGUCAUGGUUACCACUUUGGACGCUGAUGAUAAUGGCAGACUUUGCCGGAUUGGAAAGUGACCAGAUAGAUCUGUUGACUAGUUACAUUUUCCCCUUUGCUCAUUGGCUGGCUUUUGCUAAUUCUAGCAUUAAUCCCGUAGUCUACGGCUACUAUAAUGACAACUUUAAAAAAGGAUUCCAAGUGGUGUGCAGGUCCAGGACUUUUUCCUGUCUGGUACCGAGUAAAGUGUGGAGAAGGAUUUCGGGGUGUUUUCGGAAAGAAAGUGUACCGACGCCUUUUGAAGCCCCCGACUGCAGAGAUAGCGGCGGACAUAAAAACCGGCUCUUAUUUGGACUGAGAAACAGAAUCCACAAUCACAACAACAAACCCGUGCUGAACCUGGGUGCAAGGGGGGGGCGGACGGGUGCGAGAAGCAGUUCUGAGCAAGGCAUCGAAAUGUCAGCUGUGGGUAAAAAAAACAACGAUGGUGACAACUUGGGGAAGGCGAACACCGGGCCAGUUUCAGUGAAUCAAGCAUGGGAUAACUGAGGGUUAGGCAAACCAUGGCCUAGGGGCCACUUCUGGCCCGGCAAGUGUAUAAUCUGGCUUUCAAAGUAUUUAAUAUAAACAUUAAACAUACAAGCUAGCUACAUGACUGGUCCUCCUUCAACUUUACCUGCCUGAGGAGGAGCACUCAUUGUCGUACACAUUUUGUCAGAAGCCAAUAUCGAUAGUGGAAAUGUGUUCCCUCACUCAUACAGAUAAAAUAACGCUGUGCCAGUUUCAGUGAAUCAAGCAUGGGGAAAACUGAGUUUAGACUUUAGAUCAGAGUUAGGCAAACUAUGGCCUGGGGGCCACUUCUCGCCCGGAAAGUGUAGAAUCCGGCGUUCAAAGUAUUUAAUAUAAACAUUAAACAUACAAGCUAGCUACAUGACAUGCAGGUCGGGUCAAAAUGCGAACGUUGUACCAGUUUCAGUGAAUCAAGCAUGGAAAAACUGAGUUUAGACUUUAGAUCAGAGUUAGGCAAACCAUGUCCUUGGGGCCAAAUCUGAUCCGGCAAGUGUAGAAUCCGGCUUUCAAAGUAUUUAAUAUAAACAUUAAACAUACAAGCUAGCUACAUGACAUGCAAGUUGGGUCAAUAUGCGAACGCUGUACCAGUUUCAGAGUUAGGCAAACCAUGUCCUGGGGGCCACUUCUGGCCCGGCAAGUGUAGAAUCCGGCUUUCAAAGUAUUUAAUAUAAAUAUUAAACAUACAAGCUAGCUACAUGACUGGUCCUCCUUCAAACUUGCCUGUCCGAGGAGGAGCACUCAUUGUCGUACACACUUUGUCAGAAGCCAAUAUCGUUCCCUCGCUCAUACAGAUAAAAUAAGACAAAUAAUUGCAGGUGAACUUAAAACCGUAAAAUCAUGCGUGUAUGAAAUAUAUUUUCUGGCCUAAUGGACAAUUUUAUUUAACUCAAUGUGUCCCUCGAGUCAAAAGGUUUGCCCACCCCCGCUUCAUAUGAACCUAAACACAACUUUGAAUACGUAGUUCAUAGAAAAAUACUUGAUGACCUCUACAAAAAACAGCCAAACUACCUCCACUCCGAGUGUAAAUUGCGAAGUAAUAUGGUAAAAACUUACCAUGCUUUUUUGACACCUCGUUACCUACCUCGUUUACCGACUGAUGACGCAGCGUCAGCAGCAACUGCAGGUUAGCAUCUCGCUCGAGAAUACGGUCAUGAAAACAUCGUAUAAAAUAAAGUAGUGUUGUCACAAUACCAGAAUUUCAGUCGAUACCAGUGAAUUUGCACAAUUCUAAAAUACAUAUUUGAUACCACAAUAAUGAUUCAAAACCAUAACCGAUGUAUUUUUAAAUGGCCGACUUUAUUGAAGAUCAGUCAGUUCAAAGGCAGUAGCAGCUGCCUAGUUUAGCUACGCAGUUAGUAUUAUUAUUAUUAUUGUUGUUAUUAUUUUGGAUGCAAAAUAUCUCCACAUAUGACUUCGACUCCCUGGCUUAUCGAUGUGCGUUCAGCCGAAGUUGCUGAAGCCAUAAAAAAAAAAAAAAAAAAUCUUAAAAAAGCAAUGAUGUAUUUUUUGCAUGUUGGCAUCACCAUUGUAUCGGUUCUGUAAAAUUUUAGCUGCAUUAUUCAUUGUAUCAUAAACAAACACAGCAGACAAACAUUGAGUUUAAAUAAAUGAGAUGACUAUAAGCUGUAUGCCAGGGGGUCUCAAACUCAAUUUACUUGGGGGCCACUGGAGCUAGGGUCUGGGCGAGACUGGGCCGCAUCAGGUUUUCCAAAAAAACACAUUUAUUAAAAACAGAAAAAUGAAUCAACUUUGCUUUGGUUUCAGUUUUCUACAAUAAAAGCUCUGAUAAAACAUUCCACUGUUCUCAAAUAUCUUACUUUUUAUUUUUCUACACAAAAUAAGAUGAAAAAUAAAUAAACAAAUCAAGAAUAAAGAAAAUCAAUCAAUCAGUAAUAAAUAAAUAUAAUAAUAAUAAUAAUAAUAAUAAUAAUAAUAAUAAUAAUAAUAAUAAUAAUAAUAAUAAUAAUAAUAAUAAUAAUAAUAAUAAA